UGUCCCGGCAUACCCAAACAGGAAGAGUCUGAGAUGGUGGCGUGCGCGUGCGCGUUAUGUCAAUAUGGCGGAAUUGGAGAUUGGGCAGCACUGUGGGGUAGAGCACUGUCAGCAGUUAGGGUUCUCAGUGCGAAGGCGGUGUUCUGCUUUGAGGCUUUUACCCCGCAUGUGGUUUGGCUUGCCAAUGGGAACCGGAAACGAGCGUUUUAAAAACUCUUUGGUCUUCUCAGUGACUGAUUUCUAAACAAGAGGAGGCGAUGUGCAAUUAAAGGGCGAAGCUCAUUUUCUUCCUUUUGUGUGUGAUAGCUGCUCCCAAGUUUUCUGUCUUCAGCAUAGAAGCCGGUCUGCUCACGGUUGUUCUGAGGUAAAUUUGAAAAAUGAGAACAUGAAACCAGAUCAUCAUAAAUCUUUCUUGUGCACAUACAAAGGUUGUGAUGGGAAAGAACUUGUACCUGUACUGUGCUCGUUUUGUGAAAAGCACUUUUGCUUAAGGCACCGUCAUCAGUUGGACCAUGAAUGUGAGAAACUGGAAAUCCCUAAACCUCGCAUGGCUGUCACCCAACAACUUGUUAAAAAUAUUGUUGAUUCCAAGAAAGAAACCAAAGUGACAAAAAGAUGCAAAGGAGCCAAGAACACUGAAACAGCAGCAAAAGUGGCGUUAAUUAAACUAAAAAUGCAUGCAUGUGGAGAUAAAUCCUUGCCACUGACUGAGAGAAUCUAUUUCCAAGUAUUUUUACCCAAAGGAAACAAGGAGAAAAGCAAGCCCAUGUUCUUUUGCUGUAAAUGGAGCAUUGGCAAAGUGAUUGACUCAGCAGCUUCCUUGGCAAAUCUUAAAAAUGAUAACAAUAAAACCACAGCCAAGAAAUUAAGACUUUGCCACACAGCAUCUGGAGAAGCCUUACCUUUGGACCAUACCUUGGCAUCUUGGAUUAGCAACAAAGAAUGUCCACUCUAUAAUGGGGGAAAUGUUAUCUUGGAAUAUCUUGAUAAUGAAAUUCAGUUUUUAGAAGAUGCAAAUUUGUAUCUAGAAUAAUUGCAGGGUACAUAAUAAUCAGAUUCAAUAUAAAGCAAAAUUCUUGGUCUGUUUAAAGCUGUAUGCUAUAAGGAACAGGGGGUUCAUUCACAGGAUUCAGUUUUAGAAACAGACAUAUUAAAACAUAGCUUACACUAUUACACAGUAGGGCAAGAGAGUGAUUCGCUUGCAUAUGUUUAUCCCCUGUUGAAAAGUAUUGAGUUAACAACAUCAGAUGCUCUAAAAAUUCUGCCUAUGAUAAUUUAUUUGCACUGCGGAUUGAUACACACAAAUCAUUACAAAAGCAGUAGCUAUUUUUUGAUAACCAACCGAAAAAGAAAACCUUACAGGAAUUCCCAUCGACACUAUAGAGAAGCUGCUGUUCAGAGAAACUUCCAGAAUGGUGGAGAUUGUGAAAUGUAUACAUGCAAGUUGAUUUUGAAAGGUUUGCACGUCCUUGUCACCAAGAUUUAUUUUAUCCUUUCUGCAGUAAACCUUGACAUUUCUUAACACAGGCAUCUUUGUGUUGAAAAUUUACCUAGAAGCUAAGAAGAUGUAAUCAAACAAGGAACUACAUUGUAACAAAGAUUCUUAUCCUCAUCUUCAUUGCCUUAAAUCUUCUGCUCCAGUGGUUAGUGGUAUUCUCCUAGUUAGCAGGGAUAGGACCAUGCACACAGCCUCCAAGAACUUUAUUUUUUAUCACAAUUUGCAGCUACAAAGACAAAAUGUGCAGUUCUUUUAUUCUAUCAUCAUACUUGAAAGCCAGCCACUCUUCAAAGCUGGAAGAAAGAACAGUGUUCUUAGACACAAGUGUAUGACCUGCACAGUGAGAUUGUUAGUCAUAGCCAUGCUAAAGAGUCUGCCAGUGCAGUCUGUUAGGGCAUGCAGCAGAGGCUUUUCUGUGGUGGCCCUGGUUGUAUGAAAUUCCUUGCUGAAGGAAAGCUUAUUAAGCAUAAACUUGCUGACCGUAUGCACCUUAUGAAGAUGAGCUUUUGGGAAAACAGGGAUUUUAAACUUGUGUGUUUUAUAGCUACAAUACUGACAUUUUACACUGGAA